AUGGACCAUCCAGAGGCUGUUGCUGCUAUUCUGGCCACUACCGGCUAUAUCCUGUACAAAAGACAGAGGAGAAUCAUCGGAAGACGGCUCAAGAAGCCCAGGAUUGAGCUGACAGAGGAGGAAAGUCCAGCUGAUACUUACCCAAGGACGUACAGGAGCUUCAGAAGCGAUGAGAGUUUCUUCGAGUCAACCAGAAUGUCACUGUCCACCUUCGAUGACUUGCUGAACAUCGUGGGCCCUAAAUUGGAGAAACACUCAUUCCGGAAGCCCAUUGAUCCCGAAGGACGUCUGUACAUGACACUGCUGCAUCUGUCCACCAACACAUCUCCGGAUUCACUCGCCACUUUCUUCAACGUGUCGAUCUCCGCAGUGAGAGCUGUAAUCACGGACACUUGCUCAGUACUUUGGGAAACGCUCAGUCCUGAGUAUGUCAAGAUGCCCAGCACUGCAGAGGAGUGGACAGCAAUUGCAGAGCAAUAUGAGAAUUUGUGGAAUAUGCCAAAUUGUAUUGGGGCUCUAGAUGCGAGGAUAGUCCAGUUCGUCUCGGGUAGAUCGAGAUUCGGAAGUGAUGUGACGACGAGGGAUUUGGUGUUAAUCUGCUCAUGUGAUGCCAAUUACGUAUUCACACACGUUGAUCUUGUAGAUAAUGAGAAGGAAAUCUUCUCACAGACUUCAUUAAGACAAGUCCUGAAUAAUGAGAUGCAGCAACUUCCAGCCUCUAGAAGUGUUGCAGAGAAAACACCGCCGCUACCGUACUUUAUGGUUGGAACAACGUCUUUUCCACUCCUCAAGCACCUCAUAAGACCUUAUGCUGGUCAGAUGCUUGACCAACGCAGAGCGCACUUCAACAGCCGCUGCCAAACAGCUCAUAGAACGGUUGAAAAUGCCUUCGGCAUCUUGACAUCUCGCUGGAGAAUCCUCCUCUCGCCCAUGACGAAGAAGCCUAAGAAUAUUGUGCAUAUUGUGAGAGCUUGUGUGGUUCUGCACAACUUCCUGAAGCUGAAGGAUCUACUGUACUGUCCCAGAGGGUACGGAGACUUAAUAGACGAAGCGGGUAGAAUCCAGGAUGGACACUGGCGCCUGGAGACCAAUGGACUGCAGCCUGCAACCGGACAAGGCGAAUCUCAUUCAGAAAACACUGACUUUGUGUACAGAGAUAUUCUUGCCAGGUGUUUUUAUUAA